AUGGCCGCCGAAGCGCAACAGCAGCUCCUCGUGCUCCUGCUCGCCUGGUCCUGGCCCUUCUUGGUCAGCUCACUAGCGCGUGGAGUUGCCAGCAGCCUCCACCCAGUCGUCCUGCUGCCCGCAUACAGCUGCAGCCAGCUCGACGCGCGGCUCACCCACGAGUUCGAGCCCUCCACGGCGCCGAGCUGCGGCGAACGCAUGGGGAAGAAGGGGUGGUUCCGGCUGUGGGAGAACUACACGGCGCUGCAGGAGGACCCUGCACUGGUGCCGUGCUACGCCGAGCUGCUGCGCCUGGUGUACGACCCUGUCGCCGGCGAUUACCGCAACGUGCCGGGCGUCAAGACCCGCGUCGUGCCGUUCCGCGCCAAGCGGGGCUUCGGCUCCGAUGAUCCUGCCACAAAGAACAUCUGUAUGGGAAAACUCAUUCAGGCACUGGAAGGAGUCGGAUACAGAGAAGGCAAGAACCUCUUCGGUGCGCCGUACGACUUCUGA